AUGCAAGGGCACAAUCAGCUGCAGGCCACUCUGACGGGGUGUGCGGCAGGUGCGACCGAGAGUCUUAUUGUGGUGCCAUUUGAGCUGAUCAAGAUCCGAUUGCAGGACCGGGCACAGCGAAGCAGGUACCGAGGUACGAUGGAUGUAGUUCGGCACAUUGUGAACGAGCACGGAUACUUGGGCUUGUACCGUGGUCUUCCAGCGACCAUGAUCCGGCAUGUGAUGUGGAAUGGUGGAUACUUUGGCUCGAUUUCUGUGAUCAAAGCCCAGAUGCCGAAAGCGACGUCUAAGAGUGAGCGGAUGCGAAAUAGCCUUGUGUCUGGCACGCUGGGCGGGUCCAUUGGCACCGUCUUGAAUACACCCUUGGACGUGAUCAAAACACGCAUCCAGAAUAGCAAUCCGGCGCCUGGCCAGGUCGCAAAGUAUCGCGGCACUUUCUCUGGCAUGGCGCUUAUUGCACGAGAAGAGGGCCUCCGUGCACUCUACAAGGGCUUUUGGCCGAAGGUUGUGCGUCUUGCACCGGGCGGCGGCAUUAUGCUGUUCGUGGUUGAUGCAGUGACGACGCAGCUCCGUUACUGGCUGGGUCCACCUUACGUAUGA